ACAGUCUCAGAAAACCUGCUCUUGAAUGCUUCGAAGAUGUUGAGCUACCUGUCCUUUUUAUCAACACAGACAUGGAUGCUGCUCCUGCUGUUCCUGGGACUGUUGUUGGUGUAUGGAUACUGGCCUUAUGGAAUCUUCAAGAAGUUGGGGGUCCCUGGUCCAAAGCCAGUGCUGUUUUUCGGAAAUAUGCUCAAAUACAGAAAGGGAAUCCACAAUUUUGACAUGGAAUGUUUUCAGAAGUAUGGCAAGAUGUGGGGAAUUUUUGAGGGUCGGCAGGUUAUUCUCUCCAUCAUGGACACAGAGUUGAUCAAAACUGUCCUGGUCAAGGAGUGCUACUCAUAUUUCACCAACAGACGGAAUGUCGGCCUCAAUGGACAGCUGUAUGACUCUGUGUUCAUAGCCGAGGAUGAAGACUGGAGAAGGAUCCGUAGUGUACUGUCUCCAUCUUUCACCAGUGGCCGUCUGAAGGAGAUGUUUGGGAUCAUGAAGACCCACUCACACAACCUGGUGAACAGCAUGAAGAAGGAUGCAGACCUGGGCAGACCAUCAGACACUAAAGAGUACUUUGGCGCUUACAGCAUGGACGUGGUGACCAGCACUGCUUUCAGCGUGGACAUCGACUCCCUCAACAACCCCAAAAACCCCUUUGUCACCAACAUCAAGAAAAUGUUGAAGUUUGACCUGCUUAACCCACUCUUCCUGAUUAUUGCUUUCUUCCCCUUCAUGGCGCCCAUCUUAGAGAAAAUGAACUUUGCCCUCUUUCCCGCGUCUGUGAUGGACUUCUUCUUUGCUGCACUGCAGACCAUUAAGUCUCAGAGGGAAGCCAACUCUCACCAGAAUCGAGUGGACUUCUUACAACUGAUGGUGGACUCCCAGGCUCCUCAGAAAGAAAAUGGAGCCGGAGAUGGUGCUCACAAAGGACUGAUUGAUCACGAGAUUCUGUCUCAAGCAAUGAUCUUUAUCUUUGCCGGCUACGAGACCAGCAGUUCCACUAUGAAUUUCCUGUUCUACAAUCUGGCCACAAACCCAGAUACCCUGAAGAAGCUCCACGAUGAGAUUGAUGAAGUCUUCCCAGACAAGGCUGAAGUCCAGUAUGAAGCCCUGAUGCAGAUGGAGUAUCUGGACUGUGUGAUAAAUGAGUCGUUGCGUCUGUACCCACCUGUUCCUCGAAUUGAUAGAGUCUGCAAGAAGACCGUGGACGUCGGCGGUGUCAUCAUCCCUAAGGGUGCCAUUGUCAUGGUGCCCACCUAUGCUCUUCACAGAGACCCGGAAAUCUGGACCGACCCCGAGACCUUCAACCCAGAGAGGUUCAGUAAGGAGAACAAGGAGAGCAUUGACCAGUACACCUACAUGCCGUUCGGACUCGGCCCCAGGAACUGCAUCGGGAUGCGCUUCGCUCUCAUCAGCAUGAAGUUGGCCAUCGUGGAGCUGCUGCAGAGAUUCACCAUCAGCACCUGUGCCGAGACCGAGAUUCCAGUAGAGUUGGACAACAUGGGCCUUUUGGCUCCCAAGAGACCCAUCAAACUGCAGCUGUUUCCUCGGUCAGCUGGAGCACAGCUGACUCCCCGAGGCUGAGCGCCCACAUGCACUGGACCAGGGGUGCCAAUCAUGCACCAUAUUAUCCACACAUACAUAAAACAUUGAUGCAAUUUGUUUUUGUUGUUUACUGCACUUUUUGUAGUAACUUUGAUGAGCAACACUUACUCAUGACAUUAUUUUUGAAAGCACCUGCACAUCAAUUACAUUUUUCAUCAGCGCCUAAAACUUUUGCUUACCAACAUAUAUGGGUUUAUUGCAUGCUAAAAGCAUUAUGAGAUUGAUGGUUCUAAGCUGAGAACUCAAGCUUACCUGCAGUGUAUUACAAGUAGGUGGUUAAGUGGCAGAUCUGGGUAAGUUAACCAAGAGGAAGUGGUAAACCUCCUAAUAGAAGAGUCCUUUGGCUUUGCUUAGUUUGGAGUUUGAAGCCCCCUGUGCUAUUCUAUUAUCAGGUUUACAACUUCUUCUGGGUUAUACCUAGGCUUGCCACUACACCACCUACACCAGGCAAACCUCAUUUUGGCAUCAACAAAACACUUGUUGUGAUUUCUUGUCUAAGAAAGAGAUGUUUAGUGCUUGUGCUUUUUUUGUGUGUGUGUGAAAUACACUGAUUUUCCCCAGCA